AUGGCCUCACAAACCCACACUCUUCCAUCCCUUCCCUAUGCCUACAAUGCCUUAGAGCCCAUUAUCUCCAAGCAGAUAAUGGAGCUUCAUCAUCAGAAGCAUCAUCAAACCUAUGUGAAUAACCUCAAUGCUGCACUCUCGGCCCACAGUUCGGCAACUCGGUCCAACGAUGUCCCGGCUUUGAUUGGACUACAGCAAAAGAUUCGUUUUAAUGGCGGUGGCCACAUAAACCACUCCCUGUUCUGGAAGAAUCUGGCUCCUCCUGGCACGCCUGGAAAUGAUAUGUCAAGUGCGGCACCGACGCUUCGUGAAGCCGUUGUCUCGCAAUGGGGCUCAGAGUCUGCCUUUGUUCAGGCCUUUAACGCACUGUUGCUUAGUCUCCAGGGCAGUGGAUGGGGCUGGCUCGUGAGCUCCGGGGGUCCUCGUGGACGACUCGAAAUCACCACGACCAAGGAUCAGGACCCGAUUGUUGGACCUGAUGUGCCGGUAUUCGGCGUAGACAUGUGGGAACAUGCGUAUUACCUCCAGGUGGGCAUGAAGACACCUUCACUAUGUCCUAAUACACUGACAAAAACCGAUAUCAAGUAUCUCAACAACAAAGCCGGAUAUGUUGAUGGUAUCUGGAAUAUCAUCAACUGGGCAGAAGCUGAGAAGCGCUACACGGCUGGUGUCGAAAACCUGCUUAAGCUCUAA